AUGAAAGCUGUUGUCGGUGCUAAUCUCUUCGUUCCUCGAGAACGUCAAGAGCUGGUUAGUCGAACAAUCAAUGCUAAUAUUUUAAUUUCUCAGACUCAAUCAAAAACCAAGAUUGACGUGACAAGAUUGGGUGUAACAGGCGUCAAGUCAACGGCGAUGAAGACAAAAGGUGGUGCUUAUACUGUUCCGGUUGCUUCGUCCGCUGCAUCUUCUUCCUCAUCGUCGUCAAGCUCCUUCCACACAAAUCGAAAAUCUCGUCCAGCAACGAAAACAAAACAUGUCACUCCAACACCGUCUUUAGUCUCACGCUCAGCUUCGCCAUCAAAAUCGAUAAGUACUUCAGCAAUAAGCAGCAAUUCUCUUAUUAAUACAGGUCUGACACAGCCAGCCAAAGCUAAAGCAACGACAGCACCAAUGACUUCAACGCAAUCACUUGUACUUAAAGAUAAAACGAAGAAGACAACAAUAAAACAUGUUGCUAGUCAAAAGAAAAAGAACGGUGCAAGUACUGAACUAUCCUCGUCAGUCUCUCGCUCUGAUAGCGAAAGUGAAGAAGACGAACCAGCAGCAGUAACAACAGCAACUAUCGCUAAUGUGAAAACAAAUGGUACACGUCUCGCACCAGUCUAUCAACGUCUACGACAAAGAAAACCAGUGGCUGUUACAUCAACAGCAACGACGAAAGUGAGCAGUGGAAAUGGUGCAGCAGCAAAAUCUUCAACAGAAGCAAAGAAAGCUGUCGAUACUAAAAGAAAGAAUGAAGAUUUAGAUGACUAUGGUUUGAAUGGCGGGUUAGUGACUCUCUUCUUCAAUGGCUCGUAA